AUCGAGAUCUCGCGCCCAGCGCGGGGUCCCCUGCAGCAAGUUCUCUGAGACCCCCGGGGCGGGGAGGGGCCCGAGGCGCGGCACGGGCCGGAGCGGUUGUGCGGGACGCGGCAGUUCUCCCGGUCGGCAGCCCGCCUCUGUGUGGCCGCUCGCACUUGAGGGGCCGAGGCCCCGGAGACAUACGCGGUUGGGAAAGAGAAGGGGUCUCGCCUGGGGAGGGGCGGGGGCCUGCUUGCGGAGGCGGGGCUUCUGACCUCCGCCCCUGUCCCACGCUCAGGCCCCGCCCCGCCAUGUGGCCGCAGCCCCCGCUGCUGCUGCUGCUCCUGCUCCUGGCAGCUACCCCCGAGGACCGAGCUGCUCCCGUCUCCGUCCCGGAGCGUAUCCACGGACACAGCCACGCCCCCGGGGGUCCCGACGCUUCCGAGGGCCCGGAGCUGGGUUCCAUGGGCCUGCUGGGUAUCCACAGCCUCCUCCGCAGCCUCAACCGCCUCCUGCUUCGGGAGGAUCUGCUUCAGGGUGUGGACAGCCUCAUGUCACCUUCGGUGGAUUUUAGAAGCCUCCCAGCCAAUUACCAUAAUGAGGACCAGAAACAACGCCACUUGGGUAACAGCACUGUCUACAGCCACCACCAGAUAGACAAGGUGACGGAUAAUCGGACCGGAGAUGUAAUGAUUUCAGAGAAGGUGGUGGCUGCAAUUGAGCCUUCAGAAGGGAAUGUGGAGGAUGACUGGAAGGUGCCCGAGGACGAAGAGAAUGAGCCAUCCCAGACUCUCCCUAGCACUGGACUGAGCGGCUUCCACGGCGAUACCCAGCCCAAAGUGUCCUUCUGGAUUGUCAGGCUGCCCCAUCAGUUGGCCCGGGGCGAGAGCAGGGCUGGAAGCCGCUGGCUCAGUGAGAAACGUCAUCGGCUUCAGGCUAUCCGGGAUGGGCUUCGGGAGGGAGCCCACGAGGAGGUCCCCUUGCGCCUUCGCUCUGCGCCUCGCCGGGCCCAUUUCCUCUACCUCCUGAGGCCCCCCCGGCAGCUGUAGGCCCCGGGGUUGGCAGAGAGGCAGGCUGAGGGCAGUAGCAGAGAUGAGAGGUGAGGAUGCUUGCAUCAGUCCCUCAGUCCCCUUGGAAAUAAAUAAAGUUCUGUCCUCAAUGAAAA